AUGGCGGACGCCGGAUUCGUUUCCCGUGAGCCCAGCAUUACGAGCUUGAAGCCGGAGAUUGAUGACGACGACGACGAAGGCUUACUCAACGCUGCCACAGCAGAGACGAUGCUCAACUCCCGUGAGACCAGUCUUACGACGGGCUUCGAUUUGGAAGAAAGCGUGGAUGAAAGCUUAUCAGAUGCCGACGAGCCUCAAGAGUUGACCAUCGCGAGUCUAGACCUCGGGAAAGACGAUGAAGAUUUCGCAGAUGGUAUUGCAUGCGUACAAGCAUACUGGGAACAAGCAUCGCAUAUGAACACAAACACGCAGGAGCAAAUGAGACACCUCAUCAUUAGCAAGCAAUUUGUCCAUACUCUAUCCUCACGCCAAAGCAUUUGCAAGCAUCGGUUGUAUCGUGGGGCGAUGGGGAAGGAUGAGAUGAAUACGUGGCCCAUCUUCUUGAUGCUCAAGGCAAUGUACAAGGAUCUGCCACGCUCCUACAUGCGCAAAGUCCGCGCAAAGGGAUUUGUUACCAAUCCGGAGGACCAUACCGACGAUUACUUCACCUCAUAUCCCAGCACUAUCCGACCCCGAAUCUUCGACACGGAUACAAGAAAGGGCAGAGAGUACAGAGAGAUGUGGCCAAGGCUGAAGAACACUCCCACCAUCUACCGAAAGUCGCGAGCCAAGAACGACAAGCAGUCCAACAGCAAACAGCCCAACGAAACUGCGGCUGAGUCAACGGUGAAGACGAAGCCAGAGACAGUUGCUCCUCAAGCCUCAAUCUCGAAUGGUAAGAAACGUCCCGCGGCCGAUUCGACUACCGAGACCCCGAUCAAGCGAUCUUCCACGCGUGAAGAAAAUUUCGAGUUCGACAGCGUUUUGAUGCAAAUGACGUUGCCAGGGGUUCCCAGCAGCGCGUUGAAUAAAGUCGAUGUGGAAAAGGAACUUGCCGACUUGAAGGAGGAGAUGGCCAAGAUCCGUCAACAGAAGCUCAUGUUUAUGAAGGCUACGGCGAACGUUGUGACCUCUAUGAAGACGGAGAUUGAAGACCUCAAGGAGGAAAUCAAGGAGCUGAAGAAGUAA